UACUUUGUUUUUAGUUUCGUUUUCUCUCGGUUUGCAUUGGUGCCUACAUAAUUUUAAAUGAAUGAUGACAUUGUAUUUGCAUUAAUUUGAAAUUAAAAUGCAGUUAGUUCACGUUCGUACAUUACAUUAAUAGUCUAUUUGUUCAAGUUUGUUGUUUGCCGUGUAGAUGAAUCAGAUUUUUUUUCUGUCGUUGAAGUAUUCUGAUUUAAUGUAAUGCAUUCUGUACAAGAAACAAACCCAGUCUCAACAAAUUUAAUACAUUCUAAAACAAUAAAUUUCCCAAGGUGUUUGUGAAUGUAAGGCAAGAAAGAAAUAUGUUCAUUGUUGGACUGACUGGUGGCCUCGCAACAGGCAAGAGCACAGUGCUCUCCAUAUUUAAAGAACACGGAAUUGCCGUAAUAGAUGCCGAUGAAGUUGCUCGAAAAGUUUUAGAACCUGGCACAAAAGCUUGGCUUGAGGUUAAGCAGUAUUUUGGACAUGGAGUUCUGUUCCCUGAUGGAAGAGUUAACAGAUUAAAACUUGGCGAAAUUGUUUUUGAUGAUAUAGAAAAACGACGUAAACUUAAUGCUAUCACACAUCCAAGGAUACAAAGCGCAAUGAUAAGAAUUGCAUUUUCAUUCUUUUUCACUGGUCAUACUUAUAUUGUGAUGGAAGUACCUCUCCUUUUUGAAACAGGAAAAUUAUUGACAUUCAUGCAUAAAAUUAUUACUGUUGUUUGUGAGGAUCACCAGCAGCUUGAACGUUUAUACAAAAGGAAUGACUUCUCUGAAAUAGUAGCCAGAAAGAGAAUUAAUAGUCAAAUGCCACUUCAUGAAAAGGUUGCCAAAUCACACUUUGUUAUUGAUAAUUCUGGUGAUCUUACAAACACCAGGAAUCAGACAGAGAGUAUUAUUAAAGUCUUAAGAAAAUCAAAGUUUACUUGGUACUUCAGAGCAAUAUUUAUGAUAACAAUACUGUCAGCAGUUUUUGCUGUUACACAUAUUACAAGCAAUUAUAUUGAAAAUUUAUAAUAAAUCUAUUGAUUACCAUC